GGGGGGGGGGGGGAGAGAAGUCCCACAAAAGGGCGAAGACCCCAACAAUCACACUAAAACCUUUCCCUCUCUCCAGAUCGAUCUCUCUCUCUCUCUCUCUCUCUCUCUCUCUCUCUCUCUCUCUCUCUCUCUCUCUCUCUCUCUCUCUCUGCGUGUGUGAGAUAGAGAACAGAAUGGAAGGCGGAAGAAGCAAGAAGAUGAAGAUACUGUGCCUGCAUGGAUUUAGGACCAAUGGGAGUUUUCUGCGCAAACAAAUCAGUAAAUGGGAUCCUUCUAUCUUCCCUCCGCAUCAUUUUGACCUGGAGUUCCCAGAUGGCAUAUUUCCUGCUGGAGGCAAAUCAGAUAUAGAGGGCAUCUUUCCACCACCUUACUUUGAGUGGUUCCAAUUUAAUAAGGAAUUUACAAAGUAUACAAACUUGGAAGAAUGCAUCUCUUACUUAUGCGAAUACAUCACAAGCAAAGGCCCUUUUGAUGGAUUGCUUGGCUUUUCUCAGGGAGCAACACUGUCGGCCCUUUUGCUUGGCUACCAAGCACAGGGGAAGGUGUUGAAGGAGCAUCCGCCCAUGAAAUUGUUUGUGUCGAUAUCAGGGUCGAAGUUCCGAGAUGCGAGCAUAAGUGAGGUUGCUUACAAAGACCCCAUUAAGGUGAAAUCAGUUCACUUCAUUGGAGACAAGGACUGGUUGAAACUCCCUUCUGAGGACCUUGCCACUGCCUUCCACAACCCUCUCAUCAUAAGGCACCCUCAAGCCCACACUGUCCCCAGGUUAGAUGAGGCAACUAUAGAGCAGCUGCAUAAUUGGACCACAGGGAUCCUCCAAGAAAACACAAGUGCGGCUUCAGGAAAGCCAGAUGACGCCUGUAAGGUCGAUGAACCAACGGAUAGCAAAGAAAGUGGAGUGUUGGCCGCAACACCAGUCCCAGCCUGAGCCUGAGCUUGAAGACCACUUUUUUAAGCCAGAAAGUAAAAUGAUUUGGGUUAAUGAGAGAACCUUCUAGGAGACUUGCUUCAUGUUGCUCAGAGUUUGAAAUCUCUAAAUUAUUAAGGGUCAAUUUCCUAUCGAUGUUUUUUCCUGUUUUAUGCUUCUAAUUUUACUUUCGUUUAUAAAUAAAAAUAGGAACAUAUUAUAAAAA